AUGUACACCCGACCGGUCCGUUGGGGCGAGAGGGCGAAUCGGGUGGACCGGAUCAAAGAGGAUAAACGCUUGGUUACCAAGGCCCUGAGACAGAAGAAAGAAGUUUCACCUCGUCGUAACUUCGCCGGCGGGGGAUCCGUUUUUCUUCCGAGAGAUUGGCCAUCCAUGGCUUCGAAGCGGAUCUUGAAGGAGCUGAAGGAUCUUCAGAGGGAUCCUCCUACAUCUUGCAGCGCGGGUCCUGUAGCUGAGGACAUGUUCCACUGGCAAGCAACAAUCAUGGGUCCCCCAGAUAGUCCAUAUGCCGGCGGUGUUUUCCUUGUUGCCAUUCAUUUUCCUCCUGACUAUCCUUUCAAGCCUCCUAAGGUUGCUUUCAGGACAAAAGUUUUCCACCCAAAUAUUAACAGCAAUGGAAGUAUAUGCCUUGACAUAUUGAAGGAACAGUGGAGCCCUGCACUGACUAUUUCCAAGGUGUUGCUUUCUAUAUGUUCUUUACUGACGGACCCGAACCCUGACGACCCAUUGGUGCCUGAGAUUGCACAUAUGUACAAAACCGACCGGUCCAAGUAUGAGACUACUGCAAGAAGCUGGACUCAAAAAGCAAGAGCAAGAGCUGGUGAUAGAGGUAAAAGUAAAAGGGCAAAGGUGGCCAAAGUUGGGACAGAAGAAUCCUCACAUAAUCCUACAAUUUUGCCACCAGUGAUAAGGCAUGAAGAAGAAGAUCCUGAGUUGGAGUCAUUGUGUGCACUCAUUGAUGAGUAUCAAAUCCCUAGAGUUGUCAACCAAACUGGUCCUACCCCUUACCAACAGCUGCAAAAUUCAAUACAAUCAAGAGAAGAAAACUAA